AGGAGAUUUACGGUAAUCCUAAAAAACACCCCGGAUGAAGGCUGCACGUGUGUUGUUGACAAGCAGAAUUCGCUCAACUAUGGCCCGGCACAAAUUCAUCGACAUUGGUGUGAAUCUGACGGAUCCCGUGUUCCGGGGGCUCUCCAGAGGCAAGCGCAAGCACCAAGAUGACUUCCAUGACGUCAUCGACAGAGCCGUAGACGCGGGCGUCCAAAAGUUUGUUAUCACCGGAGGAAGUCUGGAGGACAGCGAGGAGGCAGUCAAACUAGCCCACAGCAGAGACGGCUUCUACUGCACGGUGGGCUGCCACCCGACCCGCUGCAGCCAAUUUGAGGAGAGCGGUGACACCGAGUAUCUGGCACGUCUCCUGCGUCUGGCGACAGACAACCCGGCCAAAGUGGUCGCCAUCGGGGAGUGCGGACUGGACUUUGACCGGCUGGAGUUUUGCCCCAAAGAGACGCAACUCAAAUACUUUGAGAUGCAGUUUGAUCUGGCCGAGAAGACCAAGCUUCCCAUGUUCCUGCAUUGCCGCAGCUCCCAUCAGGACUUUACGGACAUCAUGAGGAGGAAUCGAGACCGGUGCGUGGGAGGCGUGGUCCACUCCUUUGACGGGACGGCGGAGGAGGCCGCCGCACUCAUCGAGUUGGACCUCUACAUCGGAAUCAACGGCUGUUCCCUGAAAAGCGAGGCCAACUUAAAAGCCAUGAAGCGCAUCCCCACCGAGCGACUGAUGAUAGAAACGGAUGCUCCGUGGUGCGGCGUCAAGACGACUCACGCCGGCUUCAAAUAUGUCAAAACCGUCUUUCCCACCAAGAAGAAAUGGGAGGCAGGCCACUGCCUGAAGGACAGGAACGAGCCCUGUCACAUCAUACAAGUUCUGGAGGUGAUAGCGGCGGCGAGGGAGGAGGAUCCCUUGGAGCUUUCCAACAUCAUCUUUGACAACACCAACAGGCUCUUCUUCUCCUCUGCCAGAUGAGCGCAAGCAGCCAUGAGCGCAAUGCCACCAUGUCCGUUUAGAAGGCUCGUUGGCUGUUUUUGCGUGCCUCCGCCUUGACUGGGCCACCGGUCCGUUUUCUAGACAUGCCCUGAUUUGAUCCUGUGCCUCAAUAUUGACUCGGACAACUGUUGGCCUCGAGUCGGCUCGCAGCGCUACAGUACGGAAAAGCGACGUCAUGAACGGUUACUUACAAAUACAAUAAAUUGCUUUUGCGUAACCAUGAA